CAGUUCCUCCCAAACACUUGACCUAUGCGCCUUCAUUAUCGUUUCGAUAGGCAGAACUGUUUGCGCUGCUUACUUGCCAGUCACAAAUUUAUGGCUUUUCGGACAGUUCACUUUCAGCAAUCGGGACGAACAAGCAAGACCAAUGAAGCAAGUGUUUGACUUAAAAGCCUUGCAGGAGACUCUAAUUCAAGAGUUGCCCUUCUCCAUCUUGGCUUUGGAGUCCGUGAAACAUCAAAUCAAAUUUAACUUCCAACCACCAAAAGAGUUUUAUGUUUGUGAAAACGAGGAAUUGUCUUUAGUGGUGAUUAAGGAACUGGGAGAUGAAUCAUUCCCAGUGUUUACCAUCUUAUGUAGGGAAGGUGACGCUUCGAAGGCCGAGCAUGAACUAAAAGAAAUCAUUCCCUGGGACCAGCCUUGGGGAAUAGGGGGAUUGCCGGACUAUUUAGUUGGGGCUCUAAAAGCCAAAGCCCAGAAUCAAGGACCCAAGGAGUUUUUAGAAGAGAGCGAAUGUUGGGUCGCGAUAUUGGACCCAGAUACCACUAUUCCCGGGAUCGAUAUUCCUCCAAACUGCAAAGUUCAACACGUUGCCCUAAAUGACGUAGAGUUUAUGGACCAGUUGUGGAAGUUUCAGUCAAGUACCAGUCUCCCUCUGUUGAAGGCUCAAGCUGAGCGUGGAUUGGCCUUUGGAACCUACGUGGAUGGCGAACUGAAGUCCUCGCUUGUCACAUUCAAUUUUGGACCCCUGGGUGCCCUGGCCACCGCUGAAACUCAUCGUAAGAAGGGUCUGGCCCAAAUGGCUUUAAUCUACGCGGCUAAACAUCUUCGCUCUGAGGGUUUGACGCCAUUUGCCUUUAUUGAAACGUUCAACAAACCCUCGUUCGGGUUGUUCAUGAAAACUGGAUUCACACAUACCCAUAAUGUGUCCUGGCUGUUUUGGAAGCGACCUCAAUAAACACCUCGAGAUUGAUCGUAAAGCAUCAAUUUCAACAACACUUGGCUCCCAAACAAACCCGCCUAAUAUUCUACGACAGAGGAAAACUUUGCCAAGAUCACGCUCAUUUUUUGCUUCUUUUACUUUUACCAGGGAAGUGGGGAUAUUGAAAUUACUUAAAGAUAAAUGAUGACAAGACACAAGUGACUAGUUCACAUAAAUUCACAUUCCAAUGUUUUUUAAGGAAAGAAUUGAGCAGGCAUGAUUCUCUUUCAUUUCCAGAAUUUACUUCCAUCCCGUGCUUGAGCAACAGCGGGUAUACUACAUGAUGAUGGCUACUGUUUUUGACAUGUAUGAUUUGUCAAAAAUUCUGAUAUUAUCUGAUAACUCUUUAUAGAUGAGGAAUAACUUUUGCGACAUUGA